AUGAAACCCAUCGCCAUGGCCCUGAUGUGCCUGCUGCUGGCUACCAUGUGGCUACAGGAUGUGGACGGCAAGAGCAUGCAUGGGGUCUCCUCUAGGUGCUGCUUGAAAACCUUGGAGAAACGGCUUUCCCUGAAGUCUAUCAUGUGUUACAGAGAGAUGGGCCGCUCCUGUCGUUCCUCAGCUGUGAUAUUCAGGCUGAAGAAAGGUCAAGAAAGCUGUGCCUUAACCAAUGCUGCGUGGGUUCAAGAUUACCUAAAGAAGGUGAAACCCUGCUAACUGGGGUAAAGAGAAGCUACCUUCCCAUCCCAGCACCAGAGACUGCAGCCUCACUUAGCCCUCGACCCUCCAAUGGCCGCCAUCCUUCUGUCUACUGUUGCAGGCUCACAGAUCUCAGUCAUGUGAUAAGCUAUAUUAUGGUACUUUAUUUAAAAUAUAUUAUCUUCAACUCC